AGGUCACGCAAGUAGCGGCGCGGGAUUCAGGGUUAUAUCACCUCUGAAUGAUUCAGUUUAUGUAACCUAAUCAAUAGCGGUCGAAAUGAUCUUGAAGGAGAAUGUUGAAGAUUUCCCAAUGGAUGAAUUAUCUGUAUCAUCUGCAAACUGUACCAUAACUUCAUCAUUUACUAAUAUAACUAGUUCAGACUUGUAUAUCCCCCAUCCGACAUACAUUUUACCUACAUGCCUUUCAGAUGAAUCAAGUGAUAACUUGAUUUCUAUGGAAUUCGAAUUAAAUCACUACUUAAAAGAGGUAAUGAAUGCGAUGUACGAAUUAUUUCAAUCUCAAAAAUUGACUGAUGUUACAUUGUGUGUGAAUUCGGAAUCGAUUAAAUGCCAUCGAAUUGUCUUAGCUGGUGCUUCGCCUUACUUUCGAGCCAUGUUCACCAGUGAAAUGCGUGAAGCACUUUUGCCUAAAAUUAAAUUACAUUACAUAUCUGCAACUGCAUUAAAAAAGUUGAUUGAUUUUGCAUAUACUGGUAGAAUACAAAUAAGUGAACGAAAUGUUUGUGAAUUACUUAUAGCUGCUUCUAUGAUCCAAAUGUCUCACGUUGUUCAGGCAUGCUGCAGUUUUUUGAAGCAUCAAUUACAUCCAUCAAAUGCCAUUGGAAUUCAAGAGUUUGCACAUUCAAACAAUUGUUCUGAAUUAUCAUUUAUUGCUCAAAAAUUCAUUGAUCAAAAUUUCAGUGAGAUAGUAAAACAUGAUGAGUUUUUAGGGCUUCAUUCUAAUCAGCUUAUAGCUUUAAUUAAACGAGAUGAAUUAAACGUACGAACUGAAGCUGAAGUAUACAAUGCAGUUGUCAGAUGGGUAAAUCACGAUACAGUAUCUAGACUUCCUGUAUUACUUGAAGCUUUGUCUGCUGUAAGAUGUUAUACACUUCCUCCUACAUUUAUACAAGGACAAAUAAAAAAUUGUAAUCUUCUUGCAGGCUCUACCCCGGCAAAAUCUCACUUGCAAAAUAUCUUAGAUGACCUUAUCGAACACCGGCAUAUCUCAGUCAACAAACGGACCUCUGGCUCUAUGGAGAUUCUUUAUUCAGCUGGUGGUUAUCUUCGAUAUUCACUGAGUACAUUUGAAUGCUAUAAUCCAAUUACAGCCAAAUGGAGACGCCUACAAGAUAUACCUAGUCCACGAAGUGGUCUUUCUGCUUGUUCUGUACGUGGUUGUGUUUAUCUUGUAGGAGGAAGGAAUAACAAUGAACAAGGUAAUAUUGAUGCCCCCCAUAUGGAUUGUUAUGAUCCAAGGAAAAACUUCUGGACUACAUGUGCUCCAAUGUCAGUACCACGUAACAGGGUUGCAGUGGGUGUAAUCGAUGAUAUGAUCUAUGCUAUUGGUGGAUCAACUAAUACAAUGCACCACAAAAGCUCUGAAAAAUAUGACCCAGACAUGGAUCAGUGGAUACCUAUAGCUUCAAUGCACAGUCGAAGGAUUGGAUUAGGAGUCGCUGUACUUAAUCGCCUUUUGUAUGCUGUCGGUGGUUUCGAUGGUGAAAAACGCUUGAAUACAGUUGAACGUUAUAAUCCUGAAGUUGAUAACUGGGAAGACUUGGCUUGUUUAAAUCGUGCUAGAUCAGGUGCAGGUGUCGUUGCACUUGGAGAAUACAUCUAUGCUAUUGGUGGAUAUGAUUCUUGCAGCCAAUUGAAUACUAUGGAAAGAUAUGAUCCUAAACGUAAUUGUUGGGAGUACUGUUCAUCUAUGCUACAUCCAAGAUCAGCAUUAAGUGCCUCUGUGUGGGGAAAUGAAAUAUGGGUUUUCGGUGAGUGAAACUUGCAUAAUCCAAAGAUUAAUCUCCUUUUUAAUUGAUUUCAAUCAAAAGGUUACAUGAAUCAAGGAUCAUAGAACAACUAAUAUGUACCUCUUCCAAGUUAAGAAGAUGUACUCAAGGUUUGUAUGGGUGGAAAAUACUGUAACGAUCCCCAGUUAAUUGUACAUGACUUCAUAACCAAACCCGAGACUUUCGACCAACUAUAAUUGACUGGUUGCUAAAGCCAAGGCCCAGCUGACUGUAUAUCUGAAGACCGAACUGCGAACCUAUUGUCCGCGUGUAUAAGAGUGCGGAUUCCAGAUAAUCAAUGCAAUGUAAAAGGGUAUAACUGAGACAACAUAGAUGUAAAGUAAUAUAUUAGGUAGUCUUUAAGUAGCCAUUGAAGUCUCACCACUGGAUUUAAGGCGAUCUCUUACUGUACACUGUGAUAGCUGAAGAAAGAUAUCCCACUCUAAAGUAUUGUUUUCCGAUUAUUCCAGCUUUUUGGCAACUAUAGAUAGAAUUUAGAGGGUUGUGUGGAUUUAGAGACUUUUUCUUCACUUGGUAUUCAUCACGGACUGACGUCAGUUGGAGGAACUAUAGAUAGUGUUGAUGUUAUCGAGACCAGGUAAUAUGAAGUGUAUAUUAUUCUAUAGAGGAAAGGGAUAGGCAGAAAAAGAAUCGCUUUGAUACAAUAAAAUGAUUAAAGAUUUGUAGUAUCAACCCGACUUGAAAAUGAAUAGAAGACAGCUAGCUGUUCAAUUAUGUGUUGAUACCAGGUUUGGCAAUUCGGGUUGUCAUACUGUAACGCCCGGUUCCUUUUCUAUAUUGUCUGACAGACAACUCUCCAACUGUCAAGUUUAAUUGUUCAUUUGUUCAAUUUUCUAGAAAGAAUCUUAAUAGUAGUAACAGAAUUUUAAAUUUUAUUAACUAAAAAAUCCAGUAUUGUUGAAAGGAACGUUAAAUGUAAAAAGCGUUUGGAUUCAUAUAUUUGUAAAUAAGCUGAUGAAAUACAUGGUAAACCCUAAUGAGGGUGAUAUCAAGACCUCAACUUUAAAAUUACUGAAUGUCGUGGUGGGGAAAUUCGCAUCAUUAUAUUAACGCUCAUAAAACUGUCAGAUCUUGUAGAAUCGAAUAGUCUGUGUACUCCAAGCUCGUUCAUCAUCCACUGUCAUCAGUGAGUAUCUACCUGACUUGUUUGUGUUGAGUUACAGAAGAGCUUUCCAUAUCUAUUAUCAAUAAUCGCUUUCUCUUUUUUUCACACUUUAGGUGGUUACGAUGGAAGCGAAUUUCUUUCCAGUGUGGAAGUCUACAAUCCGACAACAGAUCAGUGGACUGAAAAAACUUUAAUGGAUUGUGGUAAAUCUGGACAUGCUGUUGUAGUUAGUCGAGAACCGUCUUUCUAAAGCGUAAUUACUUUGUCUAUCCUAUUUGUGACGAAAAAGAAAGGUAAUUAAUAUCGUGUAGCAUCCUUCUUCCUUCCUUCCUUUCUUCCCUUUUAUCUUCUGUGAUCCAUUCUCACUUCCUUGUUUUCACUUUAUCAUCGCUACUAAUACUACUUUGUUCAAUUUAUUGCCUACUAUUCAUUCAUAAGUUUAUUCUACUAGAAUUCAUUUCACUCUAUGAGGAGUGGAAUGGCUUGGAACGAGAUGAUGAUGAUGAUGAUAUAUAAUCGUUUUGCCUAGAUCCCAUUUCGUUAUCAAAGGAAGCAGAAUUGUUUAUUAGAUUUUACCGCCUUCUUAUUGUUAAGAUAAGUGAUACAAACUGAAUUUUAUAAUACUUUUUAUGUCACUGCUAUGAUCUUGUUGUUUGAAAAAAGAUAGAUGUGUAAAUGAUAUACAGUUUCCGUUUCAUGAUAUUCGGCUUCUGUCACUAAUGUUAUUGUCGUCAGUAUCAUACAGAUUGACAUUUCUCCAUAUCUUACAUUUUACACCCAGCGUACAACUGUUCUUCUGCAUCUUCUACCGUGAAGUAUAAGGACAAACUUAAUUUUGUAAAUAGUAUUCUAUUGAUAUUUUUCAUAAAACAUUAAUUUGUUUUUGAGUUAAUCUUUGUCUGCUUGGUAUCUAGCUAUCCCAUCUUGUUGUAGUCUCUUGAUUUGUAGUUGCCCUUUUUUGUGUAUGAUGCAUUUAUUGAAGUCAUUUAACACCGGUGUACAUGAGGCUCUGUUCAAUUUUCUUCACUAUCACUGCCAUAUACAGGGUAAAAGGGAGACAGGAAAGAUCCUUUAUUUACAUACUGUUCGCGUGUUUCUUCAUCUCAGAAAGAAAUCAUUCUUGUGAAUAUUAUUGAAAAUAAAACAUUUUUUCACUGU